UUGUCAUAGGGUAAAGAUGAAGAAGCUCUUGGCGCUCCUGGCGCUCUUGGCGCUGGCGGUGAGUAGUGUUGUAGCAGUGGAAGUAUCAACAGGGUGGUCGAGUGGGCAUCUGAGCAUUCAAGGGCGCCGGAGACACCAGGAAGAUCGGGUACUAGCGCUCUCCAACUUGCUCAUCGAUGAUGGUGAUACCCGGCUGGGUGUUUUCGCCAUCUUCGACGGACACACAGACUCACAGGCCAGCGAGUUCCUCGUCCAGAACUUCGAGCCCAGGCUCCGCGCAAACCUCCAGGGGUCACUGGAUGCCUCAAUCGAAGCUAGUGUUGUCAAGGCGGCUCUGGAGAAGACCAUCGCGGAGCUGGAGACGUCGUUUCUCAAGGAAGCCUACGAGAAGCGGUGGUGGGACGCGGGAUCCACCGCGUGCGUUGCGGUGGUGACGGACGAGUUCAUGGUCAUGGCCAACGUCGGCGACUCGAGGGCGAUCGCGUGCGUCCGCGACGGUGGCAAGAAGCUGGUUGCCAAGGCGCUAACGAGCGACCACCACCCGGAGUUGCCCAUGGAGAGGCAGCGGUUAGAGGCCGCGGGGAGCGAGGUACGCUCUGGCGUGAUCGAGGGCUGGUUUCCAAUGUCCCGCUCCAUCGGGGACCUCCUGCUCAAGAGGUACUACGGCGUGAUUGGCACCCCGGAUGUCACGGUGUGGAGGAACGCCAUGGAUGGGUUUAUCGUGGUGGCUUCGCAUGGGCUCUACGAUGGGAUAAGCGAGCAAGAGGUUUGCGACAUAGCCGCGACGGUCGAUCCAGAAACACCAGAGUUGGGCCAGGCAGUGGCCGAUCAAGCUGCCAGAAAGGCUCAAGCUGCUAGAAAGGAGAGCUAUAGAGACAAUAUCUCCAUUGUUGUUAUCCCCACUUAGUUUAGUCUAAUUACUCACAUGUCUUAGUUAAUUUUAUAAUUAAUAGAAGUCGAGGUUACUUUUU